CCGGGCCCUGGACUGGCCCUGGAAUGGGGGGGGCCCAUAACUGGACCCCCAUGAAGUUGGGAUUAAUUAUUGUAUGUAUACUUCAAAAUGUGUUGAUUUAGAGAAGAAAAGUGCUUUAUUUGCAUUCAAUUAAUGACUCCUAGAUUGUUUGCCUUCAUUGCCCUUGAAAAAACGGCCAAUAACCCCCUAUCACCCCUAUGCCAAAAUGGUUUGGUCUUUGGAGAAGAAAAAAGACGACAUCAUUCCAUUAGUGGUCAGUGCGCGAGUUGAUUCAACAUGCACAAGUCAGGAGCCCUGAAAAAAAAAGAAAGGCGAAAAAGAGAGGAAGAAGCCGAAAGCCUGAGGGGAUCUCUUUAUAAAUAUUUCAGAAAAGACUCAGGUGAUGCUGCAGGUACCAGUAAAGGCAGCUGUGCAGCACAGCCAGGUUACUUAUCCAUUGGAUUAUCAUCAGUGAAGAGGAAGAAGGGCAGCUAUCUAAUCCCUACCUUGAAGUCCCUGUUCUCCCAGUCAUCUCCUGAAGAGCGUUCUUCCAUGGUGGUGGUAGUGCUGCUGCCAGAUUUUGAUGUCAGCUGGAGAGUCACUACAGUGAGAGAGAUCAAAACUGCAUUUGCAUCUGAGCUGGAACAGGGCCAGCUGGUGGUCCUCCAUGUUCCUCAGGAUCAGUAUCCAUCUGUUACAGGUCUCAAGAGGAACUUCAACGAUGCUCCAGAUAGGGUAUCGUUCCGCUCUAAGCAGAACCUGGAUUACUCCUUCCUGAUCCACUACUGUGCGGGUCUUGGCAGAUACUACCUACAGCUGGAGGACGACAUCUCUGCCGCAAAAAAUUUCCUCUCCAGCAUCAGGAGGCGCAUUGAGGAGCAAGAUGGGAAGAAGACCACCUGGGCAAUGCUGGAAUUCUCAGUCCUCGGCUACAUCGGGAAACUCUACAAAUCAGCCGAUCUUCCUCUCCUGGCCCGCUUUCUCUUCCUCUUCUACCAGGAAAUGCCUUGCGACUGGUUGAUGUAUCGCUUCCGAGAGUUGCUGACACAAAAGGAGCCAAUCAUUUUCAAACCCUCGCUGUUCCAACACAUGGGGACUUACUCCUCGUUCCAAGGGACAUACAACAGGCUUAAGGACAAGGACUUUGUGGAGGGUUUAAACACCAAUCGUUCAGCUUAGGUUUAUUCUGAUACAUCCACAUCAACAAGAACUAAUAACCCAAAUGGGCCUGGUAAACUGGUGAGGGAUUUUUCCGCUCCCCAGAAAAUGGAACUUAACUGACUGCACUCCUCGAGUCAGCUCAGGUGGAGAUAGGCCAUGACAUGAUUACUAAAGAGGUUUGAGAAGCAAUAGAUGGAGAAAAAGUAUAGCUCUGCCUCUUCUUGUCUGAGGAUAAAAGUCAUCAACAAAAUCAGGAUCUCAACAAAGCUGAGUGCAAUCCCACAGCAAACCUUUGAGGGGAUUUGUUCUAAAAUAUGUAUAUUUUUUUUGACCUGCUGAAUUGUGUAUGCAAGCUGAACAUGUGAUUUUUGUGCCUUUUUAAAUGUCUAUUGACGAAGCAACAAUGCAGUUCUUAAAGAAAUUGUGUGAAGCUACUGUCAAUAAGAACAUGUUUGAUUGAGCUUUAUGGUAACUCCACAUAUGAGGAGAUUUGCAAUGAUAAAAACAUGAACUGGUAUUUAUAAAGAAAGAGUAUGCUGUGCAGUGUAAUCAUGUUAACUUCCCUUAUGGUUGACCAUGGUGAAUCCUAUACAAUUUAGUCUUUGGCUGAAUGAAUCCUGGCCUGAUUGCCUAAACUAAGGCAUUUUUGCCCACCUGGAUAUCAUCAGAAGAUUAUGAAAGGGCUAUUUAUUUUUUUAUUACAGUGAUGGUGCUAUGAUAAGCUUCAGCUGUGCGUAUUGGUUGUGCAUAAGGAUGGCUGCUCUGGCAUUGUUGGAAUUGUUGAUGUGGCUUUAAGAAGAGAUUAAGUAAAUAGAGAUUGUUCUCAUUUUCUAACUCAGGCUUUAGAAACCAUGUAAUUCCUUUACAAUCUUCAGGUUUUUACAACUAUGGGGUUCCUUGCUGGGGAUGUCCAGAUCUACUUUAUUUAUUUAUCUAUCUAUUUUUCGUCUAUUUGUGCAACACUUCAGCGGCAAUUCUCUGACAAUGUAGCGUUUUGCUGCUUAUGAUGUGUGAUGUUGUGGUGUUGGUGUUGUGUGGUGGCGCUCAACCCAUGCGCGAAAAACCGACAACCUACUCAGGGAAGGGGCAUUUCAGAGGAGGCUGGCGGAGAGGUCUUCAAUAUCUCGGUCAAAAUAAAGUUGUGUCAUGCCCAUCGUGUGUGUGACCUCCUCUGCCCAGAGAUGCACUGUUGUUCCUCUCACAUCCUAACGGAGGCAGCAGUCUCACUCCCUGGGAUUGGUCCCGACCACUGGACGUUUCCUCAGACCUACUCCCUUUGCUCUGAUGUCAUAAAUCCAGUCCACCAAUCCCACUGCUGUCUUCUUUUGAACACAGAUUUGAACACAUUUCCAUUGAACAGUUCACCAUUGUGCUUCUUAGAGUUUGGCUGGGAUGCUGUGUACUUGAACCUUGUGUUUUGAUUUCGAUUAAAUCUGAC